AUGGAUCAAGGUGACGCCUUGUCGCUGGAAGGAACGCAUUGCCCCAAGGGGAGUAUGCUGCUCCCAUUGAUGACGUCGGUGGCUUCAUUGAUCGGCUGCUUCUACGUCGUGGGGACUUAUUGGCGAGUGUUGGCACUGCGACAACACCCAGCAGGAAUCAUGUUCGGUAUGAGCUUGUAUGGCGCGAUCUACCAGUUCCUGUACUUGUUGGACCAGGCUUCAGACUCGGUUAAAUGCACAGAUAUGGGUAUCAUUGUGGACUUCUUCCUCACAGGCCAAGAGACGUACAUGCUCAUCUUCGCUAUAGAUCUCCUCUUAGCGUUGAAGAAUCCCUUCUCUGCGUCUAAAGGACAGAUGACCAAAUACCACAUCUUCGGUGGCCUAUGGAGCUUGAUCUGUGCUGUAAUAUCGCACUUCGACACUCGGUACGCUCUUUUCAGCUUCUGUUGGUUAAGCUCCAGUGGAGAUAUCCUCAGUCGCACACACGGUGAGCACGACGGAGAAGAAGCUUCCAACGGUACACUCACUGCAGGAGUUUUCUUCGCCUUGUACAUCGUCGUGGUGUACUGCACAUCGCUCAUUGCCAUUGUACGGACAUGGAAUACAUUUGUAAAGGGCCUUCCAGAUACGUUCCGGACUCGGAAGCGGAUCCAGCGACACCUCAAGUACUAUGUGGGCUGUUACUUUGGCUACUGGACACUGGUGCUGGCAACCUACGCGGUGUUUAGCUUGCUGCCACACUCGAAUUCCGACAGUAAAGGUGGCAUGAAAUGCCGUGUGUGGCAUCUUUUAUCGUGUCUAUUGCUCGCGAAAGGAAUGGUUCAUGCACUAAUCUGGACCAGGACGUCCAAUAUCCUUCGCAUCAUCGAGCAGCUUCGAAGGAAUGGGACAGUUAAUCUGCCUCCUGAAGACGGCAACUGGGACGACAACAUCAACUGGGCGCUUCGACUUGAGAUCCUUACAAACACGACCAAAGGGAUUUGCCAGAGUGUCGAUCGAGCCGAACACCAAGCACGAGCGUCGGCUGAAUCGUCUUUAAGGUCGAUCUCGGUAUCGGACUCUUCGCUGGAAGAGGGAAUUGUUGACAGCUCGUCUGGUCAAAGUGACUAUUGUGAUCGAAAAGAGAGCUACACGCAGAUUGAAGAGCUGAUCUUGGAGAACCGCAACGACAACCGCUCGCAUGGUCCACGGACAGAAGGUGUAGUGUUCAAGGACUUUGCUCCUCAUGUUUUUCGUCGACUUCGAGAGGAGGCUAAAGUAUCGAGUGCCAGCUAUCGAAACUCUUUACAGCAAACCACCAAGGAAAGAGUGAGUGAAGGCAAGAGUGGCGCCUUCUUCUACUUCACGGAAGACCGCAAGUACGUGGUCAAGACGCUCACGAAUGAAGAACUCAAUUUCUUUCUGAGUAUCCUGCCGCAGUACUAUACCUACAUGAAACGACAUCCUGACACGUUCAUGACGCGCUUUUUCGGCUGCCACGGACUCACCAUGUACGGCAAGACGGUGUUCUUCGUGGUGAUGCAGAGCGUGUUUGCUACGUCGCUGCAAAUCCACGAGCGCUUCGACUUGAAAGGAUCCUGGGUCGGUCGACUGGAAGGUCGAAAACCCACGGGUACGAUCGCUACGUGCAAGUUCUGCAACGCUGAGUACACCGUAGGAGGAAGCCACGACCAGCGCUGCAACGUCCGAGGAGAAGGGAAUAUGAACCACCAGUACGACCAAGUGGGCAAAGAUCUCAACUGGAAUAGGCACAUGGCAUUGCCGUAUUCCACCGCACGUGCAGUUGCCAUUCAACUGACAGCCGACUCGGAAUUUCUCUGCAGUAUCAACUGUAUCGACUACAGUCUUCUCGUGGGUAUUCAUCACCGCAGCUUUAACGUCUCGCAUUAUUCGUCCGCCGAUAGUUUCGACUUGCCAAAGCUUGUUCGUCAUGAUAGUAGUUGCAGUAUGAGCAGUCAGUUUCGAGUCUCGACACGAAGUGGCCGCAGCAACAGUAGCGACUCUUCCAUCUUCAGCAACUCCAGCUUCAUUCGCAAUCGCAGUAGCAGCGGUGGCAGCCAAUUCAGCCGGAAUUGCUACUGCUCGUCCAGUAGCAAUAACAUCAAGAAAUCGUUCCACCCCUUUGCACAUGGAGGAAUGAGUGUGGACGAGGUGCACGGACCGGGACUGUACUAUCUUGGCCUCAUCGACAUUCUCCAGCAAUGGAAUCUUCGCAAACGUGUCGAACACUUUGUCCGUGUUUACUUAUUGAUGCAAGAUCGACAUGGCAUCUCGGUGGUGAAUCCGCGACAGUACGCGGAUCGUUUCCAGCAACGCGUGAUCAAGGAACUCAUCUACGACGCUGCUGCCUUGCCCUCACGUGACCACCACGACAGUGUAUCCUUCACGCAACUACAGAUUCAGAACCAGCGCAAUGCUCAAUUGGUCGAGUCCAACCGUACUUUAAGUACCAUGCUGGCGUCCUUGGAUGGGAGUGGAGCCACCUUUACCAGCCAACCAUCAACAUCUACACGGUUAGAAUCCUUCACCAACUUCAUCAUGUCACCAAACGUAGGUGGCAACUCGAUGACAAACUCCCCGUGCACACCACCCAUAGGCACAAAAACAGGAGUGGUUCGUGCAGUGUCAGCGCGUUCAUGGGAUAACGCAAGUUGCUGUAGCUCGAGUGGAGUUGGACGACUUUCGGGUGGCUUGGUGAUGGAGAUCCCUUGCACAGUACCCAUGGUGUAUCCAACAGCUUUAGACACCCUACCACCCCACCUCCGUCGGUCAUUAGCACCGUUGACUCCGUCUCCGCGUACGUCGUCGGAGUUCUCGAAAUCGAGCAACCAACGAUCAGUCUCUGUCGUGUAUACUAGCGGCUCUGAGGCAGCAUCCAGUAAUAGCAGCAGGCAACCCAGUGACAAAAGCAGUCAUAGCAGUAGCAGCAGUGGCACGGUGGUGCACCUGGAAGAAGGUGCGCUACGGGGUCCAUCGAGCCCUCUCGACUAUCGUAUCGUAUGUACACCAACGUUUCCUGACAAGGGAGGGGUAAACGCAGCCGCUCUCUCAGCCUAGAAAUCAUUAUGAAUACCAAUGUGUACGUUUUUGUAG